AUGCGGAUUCCAACCAGUCGUCAUCAGUUUCAGAGAGACGUCCCAGAGGACAUCCAGCCCAUAAGCAUCGCAAUUGUGGGGCGGCCGAACGUGGGCAAGUCGACUCUGUUCAAUCGCCUACAAUCUGGUACGCGGCGGAAAAAGCGCGACAUAGACCACCGCGCCAUCAUCAGCGAUCGUGCAGGCACCACCCGCGAUCGCAAAGAUGCGCUGGCGGUGCUGUAUGGGCUGCUGCUCCGAGUCAUUGACACGGGCGGACUUGAAAGCCCGAAGGAGACGUCUGCAAACACGCUGCUGCAGUCUAUGCAGGAGCAGGUUUGGAGAGCGAUCGCAGAGGCGCAGGCGAUCCUGUUCCUCAUCGAUGCACAGGAGGGCAUCACCCCGAGCGACAUUGCGAUUGCCAAGAUGCUUCGUGAGGGGGCAGGGAACGCAGAUCGCUAUCGGGACCUUUUCAAGACGGAGACGCCGAGGGAUGUCCCGAUCAUCCUCAUCGCCAACAAGGCGGAGAACACUUUCAUCGGACCUUACUUGAACGACUGCUACGAGCUGAACGUGGGAGAUCCGGUCAUCAUCUCUGCCAAGCAAAACCAAGGCAUGGACGAUCUCUACGACCGGCUGCUUCUGGAAGUUGGCCACCUUCAGCAUCAGGAAGAGGAAAACCCGGGCACUGCAUUCAUGCCAACCGGCGAGGAAGGCAUGUACAUGCAAGGUCUGGAGAGCGAAGAGACGGCCGAGGAUGCUGAGGAGGAAGAGGCCGAGGACGACCUUGAGGACGAGGAGUUCAGUGGACAGAGUGACUCAGAGAGUGGCCCUCCACCAGGACCCACCUUGCCUUGGUUGACUUUGGACAUGCCGGAGCAGAAGUGGAAGUCGCUGAGGUACUAUGCACAUCAUCCUGCUGAUCCUCUCGGAGCAUUGGACCCGGGGCUCAAGGCGGCGAUUAUGCAUGACGACGGCAGACGAAUUGGCAAGUACUGGCUUGACGCCAAGCAGCGCUCGCUUCCGACAAAAGAGGCAAGGGACUAUGUCUUGCGGCAUCGACGUGCUGAAGAGAUGGAGAACGCCAUGAAGGUGGCAAUUAUUGGGCAGCCGAAUGGCGGAAAGUCCAGCAUCAUCAAUGCGCUCCUUCAGGAGGAGCGGUGUGUGGUUGACGAAGCGGAUGGCACGACCAUGGACUCCAUCAUCACUAACUGGACGUUCAAAGAGCACCCGGUGAAGUUGAUAGACACGUGUGGGAUCUACCGAGGCUGGCAGUACUCCGGUACCACUGCAGAGUUUGUGCAGCCGGGCAUGGGCACACGCAAGGCCAUCCGACGAGCGCACGUCUGCGUCCUUUGCCUCGACGCCCAGCGAUAUGCCAAGAUGACGCACAACAGCUGUCCGAACAAGUUUGAGAUCAACUUGGGCAACUUCGUCGCGGACGAGGGCAAAUGUUUGAUCAUCGCCAUCAACAAAUGGGACCUCAUCCACGAGAACGACCAGCCAAAGUACCGCGAAGAGAUCCUGAAGAGGAUCGCUGAUUGCUUUUCCUCUAUCAAGGGCGUCCCCGUCGUGUUCCUCUCGGCCAAGUACAACCUCAACUUGCCUAUGCUCAUGACACGAAGCCUAGCGCUCUACAAGAGGUGGAGCGCGCGGCUUCCCACAAGCAGGUUGAACAGCUGGCUCCAGGCUUGGAUGCUGCGUUGGCCUCCUCCCUGGAGAAACGGACAGAAGUGCAGCAUCAAGUACAUGACGCAGACACGAGCACGGCCGCCGACGUUUGUCCUGUGGACGAACUCCGCCUACGGUGAGUUUCCCAAGAACUACAUCAGGCAAAUGCAGAAUGCGAUGCGGGACGAAUUCAGAAUAAGCGGCGUGCCGCUGAGUUUCAACAUCCGCUCCACUUUGAUGCCAAAGCCGCGCAAGAAGCUUUCGAAGAAAGACAUACUGAAGUGGAAGCGAAUGGGCCCAAAGCAGGCGAAGGUUGCUGAAAAUCUCAACUCCAAAAAGAUGCCGAGGCCCCUGCGGCAGAUCGACUGA